UUGGUUGAUGGGAACAGUGGUGUUCACUGAUUGGUCGAUGGGAACAGUGGUGAUCAGUGAUUGGCUGAUGGGAAUCAGGUUUUCACACUCUGGUUUCAGUCAGGGUUUCACACUUUUGUGUGUGUUGACGGCGCCUGCUCUCUCAGCUUGUAUAAACCACAGCUGUAAUGUGAUCUGAAGAGCCGAGGACGUUUUUCUUUGCGUUUUCUCUGCAGCAUGACAAGCGCAUGAAUUCGUCUUUAACUUACAGUGAGAGGAAAUCUGAGAGGCUGGUGAGGGAAGGACGGUUUAUAGCUGCUGUAUCCUGUCAUGUGGAGCUUCCAGUCUGUAAAUGUCUAUAAAGCAUGAGGAGUCAUUAAAUAAUGAAUAAAAAGUGUAAUCGUGUAGCAUAAAGGGAGUAAAACACGAUGAGGUGUGCUGCUGUCGGAAAACGAUCAACGUUGGGGUGGUAACAGUAACCCUGCAUCACGUCAGGCCACGUCAUGCGAUCUCGCUGUGGAUUUUUUCUCAUGAUAGCGCUCUCUGUCACGUUUUAUUCCUUAUGUGCCAUGUCACAGGGUGUGUACUGUCACCAAAUGGAUCUAUGAACAUAACAUUGAGUUUUUUUAUUGCUUUGGUGGCCUUCACAGACCCAGGAUGUACAGUUCUGAAGGCCAACAAGUCGUAAACCUUCAGUAUGGUGUAGUAUAGUGCUGUUUGAAACUACAGGCUAGUCCAGAUCACACAUUUGUACUUUCGAGAUUGUGGUUUGAGCUGAAACCAAAGCCAGCCUCCCGCUCUGCGCAUUCCUGUACAUUCCUCAUGUGUGUCACCAGCGAGUCAGGACAAGCGCCGUGCCCGACGGUGCUGAUAUGCACAGGUUUAACAGCGGGAGAAUGAGGUACCUGAGGCUCUGUAUUUAGAUACAAGCUAGAGAAAUGAAACACAUUUUCACUAAACCCAGUUAAGGACAGAUUGGUACGGCGUGAAAACCUGCACUGAAGAUACCUCAGAGCUGCUGCGAUACUGGAAUGGAAAAACGAGAUGAUGACGCUGAUGACCAGCAGAACAGCACGAUAGGGAAUGACAACCCAAACUCUGGCAGAGACACGCCUCCGUCCAAACAGAAGGGGAAGUUCUCCAGCCUGGGUAAGAUCUUCAAGCCCUGGAAAUGGAGAAAGAAGAAGGAAAGCAGCGAGAAGUUCAAGGAGACAUCGGAGGUCCUGGAGAGGAAAAUUUCGAUGAGGAGAACUCGGCAGGAGCUGAUAGACAAAGGAGUACUAAAGGAAAUCUCUGAGAAUGAUAGAAAUGAUGUGAAAGCUCCCUCAGUAAAGAAUGGCCACACGCUGCCUGUAUCCGGGGACCAGGGGUCAGAAGCAGGAUCAGAGGUCAAGAGCAGGCCACACGCCGAGGACCGAAAGAAUUUAUUGGCACCGGAGCCUGAGCGACGAAGCCGGAUACCGUCAGAUGUGACCCGCAACCGGCAGCCUCUGGACGUGGACGCCCGCACACGCAUUGCAUCAGACUCUGAGAAACGAGAGCGAGACGAGGCAAGGUACCGUGAACGGAGGGACGACAACCGAGAACGCAGGGACGAGAGAGAGGAGCGAGGGAGAAGGGAUGACAAAGAGGACCGGGACAGGCGGGAUAGGCGAGAGGAGCGGGAUCCGAGAGGAGAUUGGAGAGAAGAAAGAGAACGGAGGGACAGGAAAGAAGAGAGGAGAGACGUCAGAGUAGAUAAAGAUGUUAAAGCGGACAGGGACCAAAAGAGGAAUGACCGGGACGAAAGAGAAAGGAGAGAGGACAGGGAAAGGAAAGAUAUAAAAGAACGAAGGGAUGAUCACAACAGAAAGGAAGAACCUCUUCGGCGCGACGACAGAGAGAGGAGGCCUGAAAGCGAGAGGAGGGAUGAUCGAGAAAGGAGAGAUGACAAGGAGAGAAGGGAGGAGCGGGAAAGAAACGAAGAGCAUGAAAAGAGAGAGGACAUUGCGAGGAAAGAUGGGAGGAAGCCUGAGCUGCCAAAGCUGAUCAGGCCUCAAUCUGAGAUGGAUAUGAGAAGCAGUUUGAAGAACAACUCGUUUGACGUGGGCCAGAAAAUCCGGCCGGUCUCUGAAGUCUCUGACCAAAGGAGCACACUGCCGCGAUACCCACACACUCAGGAUGACCCCAGGACACGCACAGGCUCUGUGGGAGUGCGCUUCACUCCUGCCCCUGAGUCAAAGGAGCAGCAGCCUCCACCCAAACAGGCCAUACUUCCCCCAAAAUGGCUGAUGUCCUCUACUGAAUCUGGUCAGGCCUCAUCCUCAUCCUCCUCCUCCUCCUCACUGUCAUCAUCCUCCUCAUCCUCAGCUCCGCCCAUUGCUAAGCCCCCUCCUCGCACUGUCUCUCUGUUGGUGGAUGACUCGUCUCGUCAGAGCUCUGUACCUGUGGUUUUGAAAAGAGACCAGGACAACCCACCUGCUCUCCCGGAUCAUGCUGCCCCUCCUGCCCCUGCUGCUGCUCCCACUCCUGCCCCUCCUGCUGCUCCCAAUCCUGCUCCUGCUGCUGCUCCCAACCCUGCUCCUGCUGCACCUCCCGCCACCUCUGAUGCCCCAGUACCUGCUAAAAUGCCACCUGUUCCCCCUCCCAAACCCACCAACCGUAAUAGUACGUUAAUACUGCAAGCCACAACAUUACCCAGGCAUGCUAAAGCUCAGACUCCUCUGUGCUGGACCAAAUGGAGAUGGCAGACUGAACAUGGGGCUUACCCCUCUCUACCCAGCUAUCUCUGCCGCCCCCAGCCUUAUCCAGCAGAUGCACCCCCGCCCCUGGUAGUCCCGAACCCAGUUCCUACAAAGCGCUCUCCUCCCAUUCCACCUGUAAGGAUGACGCCUGUCACUAAAGGCAACUCAGGGGACACCUCAUCCAUUCAGGCUCCAAUCAACCCUCCCCACUCCCAGUCAGAAGACAGCAAACACGCCAGCUUUUUGGCUACAGUGGUCUCUCCUCCACCUAACCAUAUCCCUCCUUCUCCGCCUUGUGUCGCUGUGGAUCCUCCGAGCCCCACCACUGAGCCGCCGAGCCAGCCUCCAUCCAUACCUCUGCACAUCCUGAUCCAGCGUGCACUCACCAGCCCAGGCCCUGUUCAGCCCAACCCAGAUGGCAGUCAGAGAGCUCACUCUAUGCUGUUUGAGCUGCCACCAGAGGUCGAGACAAGUGGACGACCUUCACUUCCUGUCACCAUCGAGCCACUCAGACUGCCUGAGGAUGAUGAUUUUGACAUGGAGGAAGAGCUGCAAAAGCUGCACCCUCCUCCCCGGCAAACCCUACAUCCAGAGCUGGAGGCCGGGAGCAGGCGGGGGUUAGUGGGAGACCCCAUGGGUAUGGUCAUCUUUGAGGACUCAGACAGUGAGCAAGAGGAGGAGAACGACUCAGAUGGACCAAUUCACUACAGAGAUGAUGAAGAGGAUGACGAAGAGGAUGUGCCCAUAACUGGUCUGGCAGGCCGAGUGAAACGGAAGGACACUCUGGCUCUAAAGCUGGAGAAACAGCAGGAAAAGGAGGAGAAGCAGGGGCAAGAUAACAGCACCUGGAAGAACCGGGAGCAGUGGGAGGCUGUACGUAACAAGAUUGGCACCACCCUCACACGGAGAUUGAGUCAGCGACCAACACAGCAAGAACUUGAGCAAAGAAACAUUCUGCAAGCCAAGAAUGAGGCGGACAGACGAGCUGAGCGAAGCGAGAUCAAACGCAGACUUACAAGAAAGUUGUCUCAGAGGCCCACAGUUGCUGAGCUCCAGGCCAGAAAGAUUCUGCGUUUCCACGAGUAUGUGGAGUGCACACAUGCUGAAGACUACGACCGGCGUGCAGAUAAACCCUGGACUAAACUCACUCCUGCUGAUAAGGCUGCCAUCAGAAAGGAGCUGAAUGAGUUUAAGAGUUCAGAGAUGGAGGUCCAUGAGGACAGCAGGAUAUACACCAGGUUUCAUCGGCCUUAGUUGACACCACCAGAGAGAAGAGAACAUGGAAGCGAGAGUACGAAGCUCUGGAAAUCCAAGGAAGCCAAGGAAGCUAUGGAACACAAGCUGUACAAGACACUGAUGUAUCUCAUUUUUGUUCAUUGAGGAUUGGUGUGCAGUGCCAAUCCACUAGGAACUACGCUACCAUGGGCUCUUUGAUUUCUUCUGAGUUCAUUUCAGUUGGUGCUAGGACUUACGGCAGCAGGCAUGGGCUGCACAGAGCUCUGGAAUUCUGACUGGCCUCUCGGUGCACACAGCUCCUGGUCCCAGUCUGCUGAUUGUACCACCUAAACAGCCUUUAUUUGUGCUUUAGGUGAUGCACAAACAGAAGCAACACUGUCCUUUUUUGUAAUCUGGAAUCUAUAUACAAUAUAAUUUUUUAUUAUUUAUGGUAAGGAUGGCACUGUGAUCUUUGUACAUACUAUGAACAAAAUGUGACAGUGGCAUCAGUGCAUUGUGUGUGUUAGGGCUUGCAUGAUGAUUAAUUUUUACUAGUCAACCAGUAAUUCAGAAAAAGUAAUUGACUAGUUAUCUUUUUUAGUUUCAGGCUAUUUUAUUAGUGUGGUUAGAUGCUAAAAAAAGAGAAGAAUGUGUUAAACUGAACUUCAGUGAACAGCCAUACACAGGCUAUAAAUUAAAUUUCCAGCUUUUUAGGUUAUACUUUUAGCAAUGAAAAUGAAUAAAACAGCACAAUACAGGAGUAAAAUAAUACAUUUCUGUAUCCAAUUACAAUAUUUAAGGACCAACCUGAACUGCUGAUUCUGAAACUGAGAGCAUGCAGCACUGAAGCUCAUGUCCAUCACCAGAGCUCUCUGUCUACAGCAGCGUUCCAGGUUCACAGUGAUGCACGUGUUGAACAUUCAACAUCGGUAACGUUCAAAGACGAGUCUGGACUGACUAAACUAACUGAGUGGGAUAUAGAUUUUGCUUAAAUUUUAAUUAGAUUUAAAGGAUAACAGGGUGGGAUUGUUCAGAAGGUGAAAUGGGAUGAAAUAGUCCUGCACACAGCUCUACACCUAAACAUAGAAGUGAUAUCAGUGUACACUUAAACAUAGAAGUGAUAUCAGUGAUAUGUGGUUUUCUCUGACUAAUUGACAUACUCACAGUGUGACUAGUGAAUGUAUUAGUCAGCUACUCUAUGCAGUCCCUAACGUGUGCAUGCGUGUGUGUGUGUGUGAGAGAGAGAACAGGAGUGUGUAUUUUUGUGCACAUGCUGUAACCCUCUGCCUUACAAAUGCUGACAUAAAUACUGGUGCCCACAAUAAAACAAACAAAAAAAAAACUCAGUAGACAGAGAAUGUUAGGUAAUGACAUUAUAUUUACCACUGCUGUUUGGCACACGUACAUCUGUAUGAAUCUCAGGAUUAGUACUCAAGGGUACCGUCUUCUCUCAAUGUGCAUUUUACUGUUAUUCCUUUUAUUUCAUAUUUGUGCAACACUGUCUGACAAGUGUGUUCAUUUUUUUGUCCUUGCUGCCAAACGGCAACGUGGCACUUCUCCAGAGUUGAAAUGAGCUUAAAUGCAAUACAGAUCUUCAGUCUAAAGUGAACUGUUAAAAUUGUUGUUACAAGCAAACUGGUAGUGAACCUAAAAAUGACAAAUUGAUGCACACUUUUUUUUUUUGUACAUUUAUAUGCUUUUUUUGGUCCAAGUUAAUUUUAUGACACUGUUUUCAAGGCUGUUAGUAGGCCUCUUUUGUACAGAUAUACACUGUAGAUGCUGAUAAUUGUAUAAUUAUGUCUUCCAAAUGUUUAAAAGAUGUUUUAAUUGUAAUUACGGUAUUACUAAAAGACUGUGUAUAAGGCACAAAGGUAAAAAUAUAAAAACAGUGUAAGUAGUGCAGAAUGGUACUCAGAAAACUUUUAUUAUAGUAAUUUUAUAUGGUGAAAGAAAAGACUGAUGAACAUUCGCUUCGUAAGUUGAUUAAAACUCUUAAUUUCAGAUACA